GUAAUAUGGCACAACAGCUAUUGCCGUAUAAACUUCGACCUCCAAAGAACUUGUCUGCAUUACAUAAAACAAAUGCUGAUCUUGGAUAUCCCGAUUUCUAUCCGCCAAAACCAGGUCAAGAUGAAGACAAAAUGACUGAGGAGAAUGUGCAGCAUGGUUUCACUGGCGCUCUCUUUGUAGAUCGAGAGUCUGUCUCUGCACAAGAUAUGAUGCUGGAUGAGAUAAGGGACCCAAAAGGUCUUGAGAAUCUUGGAGAGUUCAUGACUGACAUAAUGAGACGUAAACAUGAGAUUAAUACUUUCGAAGAAUCUUCUCCAUACACUGUACCACAAAUAGUCUGGAUGUCUGCUGAAAGUAGAGAUAAAUGGUUAGGGAAGUUAGCUGGCAAUAGUCCACUUAAAGAAUUGGCAAAGAGUGUUCCGAGAGUGUAUGAAAGUUCACAUGUUGAAGGUGGUGUUACUUUACUUGAGCUUGUUACUCAACAUAGAGUACCUCUUGCACGUGCUACUUGGUUUACCAAGAUAGUGGGGAUUAAUUUAAUUAAUUCAAGAACAACUCACCAAGACAAUGCUAUGUUAGACCACAAAAAAAAUUGGAAUCAAAUAUUUUACUCCUUUAUCCAAAAACAAAGUGGUGAAUAUGAUCCAGAUAAGUGGCGAUAUAGUAUAUUACUAGCAAAAUGGCAGUUUGAUGAUGGAUUACUUGAUCAACGUAUUCUUAGAUUGACACUCGACAGUUUGGAUAAGGCUGAUCAUUUAAACACUAUUAUUUGGUUAUGGUUUGUUCAACAAUUUUUGGAAGAGUUCCAACGUUCUCGAACGUUAAUGAGGUUGUUGAUAGAAAUUAUCUUAAAGAAAUUACAAGAUAUAUAUCAACAACAACCUGCAAUUAUUCUAAAGCUCGAUAUUGUCAUCAAGAUGUUGAAGAAUAUGUUACAUACACUUUUUCUAGCCACUCCUGAUAUGUUUGUGUUUCCUCUUUGUUGGAACACAUAUAAAGAUCUCUUGCGAUGUGUUUUUGUUGAAGAUAAUUCAGUCAAAUCAGAUGCUACUAUAUCAAAGAACAUGAAACGACAGAUGGAAAGAUAUUAUGAAUUAAUACGUGCUAGGAAUGAGGUAUUUGAUAAAGAAAAACCAGACAUGGUCGGAAAAAGAAAUGCGCAAGAGAUACAACAAUCUCGGAUAAUUGAAAUCCUAGAUAAAGUUGGUUUUCAUGCUGACUACCAAAAUAUUACAGCCGAAUACUUUCGCACAAAUAGUAAAUUUCCAAUGCUGGAAAAAGAAGUAUCAACGCAUAUUUACUGGUUAUGUCAUUGGGCUGUGACUAAACAUCGUGCCGGUGAUUAUCGUAUCUACUCUGUAAGCACUAUACUUGAUAUAUGGAAGAACUCUAUGACAAAUACAGAUGAAAAAUUACAACGUCAGAUUACAAUUCAAAACUCUUUAAUGGAAUUUUUGGAUACUUAUCCCCUUGGCUGUAAUGGUAUAUGUGAGAAAGAUGAAUGCAAUAUAAUUGCGGGAUUAUUUGGUGAACUUAUUCGCAAUGGUCAUUUUUCUCAUCAACGUUAUUUACAACGUUUGAUCGCAAGAGGAGAUGUACUGCAUGAUCAAAGGAAAACAGAGAGGUCAAAAAGGCACUUGAAAUAUGUAAAAUAUUUCCCCCUCUUUAAUGCAGAGCUUCAUCAUUUAAAUCAGAGACGGGUCAUUUUAUAUAAUAUUAAUUGCGAUGACACUAGCGAUGAAGAUGAAUAUGAAUCCAUGGUCACGAAGAUAAAAGAUAAACUUCCAUACAUGUUUUCAAGAACAGAUGAUGAGCUAGAUAGGCCGAGAGUAGAUGAUCCAGUUUCUGAUAUGCAUUUGGCAUUAAAUUUUGAACGUGAAACAAUAGAAUUUAUGCGGAAUGUUACAAAAUUUUGUCAAAUAAAAAUAAUACAAACGUGGCUUCUCCCACAAGUGAAAUCCUUUGUACAAAAUAUACCUAUUGGUCCAAAUAAUUGGCGUAAUCCGACGCAACCUGGGUCAUCAAUGCUAAAUGCGCGUCAGUUUUCAACAAUAGUAAAAGUCAUUGAACUUGCAAAAGAUUAUAAUUCAUUACUAGAUCUUCUGCUGUGGGUUCUUGAAAACUCGAUGGAAAAAUGCCUAUUUCAAUCAAUAAUUGAUACAUUACAGCGGCAUGAAGUCGUUUGGGAUGCUAUGGGUAAAUCGGAACUAGUACUUGAUGCACUUAUGAAAAAGAACGAUCAAUUGCGUGAUAAAAGAGAAAUAGAAUUGGAUCAAGAUCUACAAUCACAGAUGAAGUCACAAUUAUCUCAAGUCUUAUCACGUCAUUAUACUCAUUUUGAAGUCUACAUUAGCAUGAAACAAUUUUCGAAUCGUGUCAGAGCUUUGAAUAUAGAUCUACGUUUGUUUCAGUCAGAUGUUGAUGGAUUAUAUAAAAUAUUUGAAUCAUGCAUAAACAUUAUAAUUCAAUACACUCAUAAUUAUACUGAUGAAAAUUCCACUGAGGGUAGAAUAGUUAUUGGAAUUUUUGGUGAUCUAUUUAGAGAUAUUUGUGAUAGAACAAUGGAUGGACUUAAUUUGGUUUUCAAAAAAUGGAUUAAAAGUCUUACUCGUACAGAGGAAGAUAGCAUUUUGGAGGGUGAAAAUACUCUUUCAUUGUUUUUUUUUGUGAUACUCGUUGUUAGACAUUUGAUUUGCAUGGAAAUAAUGAUAGAGCAUUUUUGUGAUAAGAAUUUAACACGAUUAGUGGAAAAAUUGACAAAUAAUAAACAAUUGGAUUCAAAGGAAAUAAUCGAAUGUAAGAAUUUGGUGAAACUAUUAAGAUUAUUACUUCUGCAAGAUGGUGAUAACCAAUCUAUACAAUUACCGUUGGGCACGAUGGAAAUUCAAGUGCUAAAGUCUUAUUGUGAAGCAUUAUCUCACAAAAACGAAUUUAUUGAAAUAAUCUCUAACAUUUUCCAAAAACUUGCUAUUAUUGAAUAUUUGAUCGAUUCUAAGGAUCCGAUUAAAAAUGAUCUUAUAGAAUUAAGAGUUCACUUUUCUAGAAUUGAGUGGUUCAGACAAUUAUGUGUAAUUAAUACUGAAAGUGUAUACGAUCGUUUUGUGAAAGGAAAAAAAUUAUCAAAUACUAAAGAAGUAGAAAAGCGAAUUCUUAAUAUUAUCCAAGCUGCACUAGGGGAAGAUAAUGUUGCAAAGUCUUCUCAAACGGCCACUAUUUAUACUCAAUAUCUGAAGAAUAUUUUUUCUCAAAUAAGUUUAUGGAAUAUACAGAAAAGUCGGAUAGAAUUUUGGUUAUGCAUGGAUCAAAUUAUGUUAAUUGAGUCUGUUAUCCUUGAUGAUAGCGAAUUGUCAAAAGUUGAGAGUUUAAAAAAUGCGGUUAUUGAUUGGCUCUGGGAUGAAUUAAUCUUAAACAAAGAAAUCGAUCGUGGUUUUGUGAGUAAAAUGAUUAAAGGAAUAAGGGAGGAUGUUAGCAUUGAGUUAUUUGAAAAAGGACUUUGUAUAUUAAAAAGAUGUACAGAAUUAGUUCCUGGAAUCGAAGAAAUUUUUAGAUCACUGUUGUAUCCUUUUAAUUAUUUUGUCGAUAAAAAGAUAAGCUUUUGCGAUGCUUUACUAAAUCAAAUUAAGAAAAUUCAAGAGGAUUUUCCAUAUGAUCCCAAUUCUAUGCAAUUCCAAUUUGAAAAUCAAGACAAUGUUUAUGUGUCCAGCAUAAUUUCCCGUGUUAAAUUAUUGGUACUUGGAGCACACACAUUGACUAAUCGUGUAACUGAAGUUUUUACUGCAAGUGCUCAGGCGAAUGUGCGUCAAAAUACAGAAUAUAUCCUGAUAGAGAAAUUGUUUGUGAUGUUGGUGAAUUUAUUGUGUGAUCCACGUAUUCAUCUAAAUGGUGGCGGAUCUGCACAUUUUGAUCUAAUAUUAGAUCUUGUAUCGUUUUUACUCGAUGAGAUGGGAAAAACCGCGCGUGCUGUUAUUGUUGCAGAAUUAAAGCAAGUCAGCCAGCAACGUCAUAAAAUUGUUAACAUCCCAGCGAUAUGGAGUAACAGGAUUAAUCGCGUGCUCCCUAUUAUUUUUGUUCAAGAAACAAUAGGAGAGGGCAAAGAGAGUCAUACGAUAGAACCUUGGAAAAUGAUUGAAGUAUUGGGCGAAGAUGAUGACCUCACCAGUUCACCUAUUGAUUUAUCUUGGUAUAAUGCGAAAGUUUAUCCGCGGCCUAAUAAAAGAUUAAAAAGAAUUUGUUUGAACGAUAGUCAUAGUGCUGCAAUUAAUUAG